AUGCAGGCAGGCCGCAGGCCCGCAGGCUUGUUUUUCAGCUUUCUGGGCCAGAAGGCCACAGAUAUCCAUGAGGUGAACACUCGUCUGCGGAUCGUGUACAUCUCCACUGGCCCCGAUGCCGAGCGAUUCGACGCGGCGUUCCAGACGAAUGACCUCGCGGUGAUGGUUGAGUUGAUGGAUUCCAAACAGGCGGUGGACGCCCUACUGGAACCCAAGCAUCCGUGGGCAGAGGACCCACGGAGUGUAGGAGCCCUUUCGGCCAUGCAGUUGGCUAUGCUUGCAUCAAUGGUUGGAGAGGAUGAUUCCAGCGUGAGGGAAGACAUCGGCCGGGCAGGUGCCAUUCCACCGUUGGUUCGGCUACUACUGUCCCAGGAGGCUGAUGCCAUGCAAGCUGCAGUUGUUGCGUUGAAAUACUUGACUGAGGAAAGUGGCCCCAACGCCACCUCAGCGUUUGAAGCAGGGGCCUUACCUGCACUGAUCCAGUUACCGAAGCACCCAGUGGCUGGCUUGAGAGGUGCAGCUGCCUCCUGUCUUCGAAAUAUGUGUGAGGAAGCUCAGCGUGGGUCGAGUUCACUGCAUGGCGCUUUUUUGGACACGCAGCUGUGCACUGAGAUCAUGUGGAACAUCCCCCAAAGAGGCUCAAUUCCUGACAAGCAGAUGUUGGCUAUGCAACCUGGCCAAAACAUCCGAUCUACUUGGCUUCCCUUCGGAAAAUUCUCUCAACGCACGGCACAUCCCCAGGGUUUUUGGUUGAUCUGCAUCCUUUGGCUCCAGCUGGCCCACGAAACCUGGCGAGCCGUCUGCGGACGCUUCAGAGGCAGUCUUGUGCAUGCUGCUGGGCUCCAAAUGUAUUGGCCACAACUGGUUUUGCGACCUUAUCCACCAGUUCCAGUGGUUCCCAUGGCAAGUGCGGCGCCUGCGACGCGUGCGGCGCGUGCGGCCCCGGCCCCGGCCUCCACGUCGGUGCCGUGGCAAACUCCGAAAAUCUCGGUGGAGGAGGGAUCCACCGAUGCAGGAGAUUCGGCCACGGCCACGCCUUCGGGAAGCGAUAGUUCCAAUGAUUCCGAAAAGGUUCUGAAAAGGUCUCCAUUGCCAGUGAGUGUCCGACAAAAACAGCUGCAGCACGCUGCGCUGCAGCAAGCUGCGAAGGAUGGCAACCUCCGCGAGGCGUUGCGCCUUUUUGAACUGGCGCCUGAAAAAAACGUGCAAAGCUUCAAUGCGGUUUUGAAUGCUUGCUUGAAAUCCUCGGGUUGCGCCGCAGCGGAGCAGUGGUUUCAGAAGAUGCGACAGGUGAACGUUACUCCGAACCAGGCCAGCUAUGCAAUGCUCAUCCAAGGGUGGGCACGUGCUGGUGAACUCAGUCUGGCACAAAGGUGGAUGGAAGCAUUGAGAAGAUCCGGUGGCACGCCCAACCAAGGGUGCUUCCUGGCAAUCCUCAUGGCUUUGUGCAAGAAGAAUCGGAUGACUGAGGCAGAGUGGACCGUGCAGGAGAUGGUGCGUCAGUUCCCAAGCACCCGACUGCAGGGCUACACUGUGCUGGUGGAUGCUUAUGCCAAGUUAGGGGAUCUAGAGAAGGCCGAGACAUGGAUGCGACCCAUCGAUGAAGGCGGCGAGGCGACUGUGGUGAGCUACGGUGCGAUCUUGGAUGCGUGCGCGAAGUUUCCUCAAGCGCUCAAGGCAAGGGAGUGGCAUGAGCGCAUGGUAGCGCGGGGUGUGGCACCGAAUGAGCAUACAUUUACCGCACUCAUCACAGCCCUGGCAAACUGUGGCUAUUUCAAGGAAGCUUUACAGGUCUUGCAGUCCAUGACUCAUUUCGGUCUCCUGGGAGACGCGGUGACCUUCUCUUCGUUGUUGGCAGCUUGUGCCAAAGCAAGGGAGAUCAAGUGCGCUGAGCACGUGUUUCUUUUGAUGCAACAGCGUGGGAUUCAGCCAAAUAUUUUCACAUACACUUCUCUCGCCAGGGCCUAUGCGAACUGUGGCAAGUGGCAAGAGGCAGAGAAGUUGAGCUAUUCCAUGGAAGCCGCAGGAUUGCUCAUCAAUGACUUCUUCCUCUACGCACUGCUUUUGGCUUACGUGCUGGCUUCUCCGAAGCAGCCCAAGAGGGCAGAAGAGACCUUUCUUCGCGUGAUCCGUGCAGGACACAUCGAGGUGAACCAACAUCUCAUGUCGGUCCUUCACCGCGCCGUGGGGCGUCAUCGCGCCAGGGAGGUCUCGGCUCUGGCGCAGAUUUCGAAAGCGCAGAAAGCGCAGCAAUGCACGGUGAAUUCCUCCCUGCAUGGUGACAAAUUAUCGAUUUAG